CGACGUAUGUAGAAAGGAGCGACACGGGACCAUGACCAAUCCGAAAUAUAAAACCAAAGGGGGAAAAGCAAGGGGGCAAUGGAGAAUCUCCUCACCAUCCGUGACCUUUUAUCGAGCGUGCAGAUAGAGAACUUUCUUCUUCACUGUAGUGUAUGACAGCUCUGUCCCUCAUUGAUCAACAUCUUCCCAUCGACACUCACAACUCCUCCAGACCUCUCUCGUCCUUUUCGUGUAGCGUCCGCUCCUAAAGGGCGAUACCGUCGAUCUUUGACCAGCUAAUCACCUUUUGGGCAUACUACCUGACAUAGACACAGUUGAGGUAUCCCCAAGAGCCAGUUCUACAUCAUUAAAAAUAUCCGGCCCGGACCCGCCAUGCAACCUCCCCAAAAGAAGCUCAAGCGACGCGUACCCGACACCCAACGUCAGAGAGUAUCGGUAUCAUGCGAUCGGUGCAAGGUCCGCAAAAUCCGUUGCAUCCGCAUCUCAGGGGGGAACGACCCUUGCGCAGCAUGCGCACAGCUCAGUCUCAAUUGCGAAUCAACCUUACCUCGGAAACAAAGGGUCUACGCUAGCUACGACCAGCUACAAUUGAGAUACCGUGCACUCGACACCUUGAUCAAGCGAUUGUAUCCCGGCGAGAAUGUCGAAAGCGUCGACGAUAUAUGCGAACUGGCGCGGAAACAGGGGCUCGAUUUGUCGGGAUUUGAAGACGAAGGGGAGGAUCUGGAUCCACUACCGAAACUGAGCGACAGGGAAAGCUCGGGCACAACUUCUGCUUCCAAAGAAGGCAGCAGCUUAUUCGACUCGGUACAAAACCUACGUAUACCAGAAGGAGGGCUCAUCCCAGCACCUCGAGGCGGAUACCACUACGUGGGUCCGGCAAGCUCGUACCAGUUUGCAAAUACGAUCCGGCACCUAGUCAAAAAGUCGAGUGCAUACACGCUUGCAUUCGAUCGUGUGGGGUACAGACGACAACAGCGGGCAAAUGAAUUCACCUCGUCAGAUCGGACUACAGCUCUCGAAGCGCGUAUACCAGGGCAUCCUGUGAUGGUUGGAGAAAACGAGGCCUCCCCCAUGAGCGAAAGUAUAGGAUCGUGCCCUUCUGAUGUCGGUCCUGUACCGUCUCCUCAGGACCGAACAACCCCCAGAAGUAUACCACACUCCAUCACCCGUCGGACGAUAGACAUCAUGCCUCCCCGCCAGCUGGCAGACAAACUUGUUCUCGCUUUCUUUGACCGGGUGCAUCUGAACUUUAAUCUCUUUCAUCGAGGAAGUUUUCAGGUUCGCUACGAAUCAAUAUGGUCAUCCAGGAAUGAAGCCGGCUUAGAAGAUCUUGAGCCCGGGUGGCUAUGUGUCCUGUGUAUGGUGUUUGUACUGGGCGCUCAAGCUCUAGAACGAGACGGUCUGCGGGAAGCUACAGUUAUCCAAAGCCGGUAUCUUGCCAUUGUCAUCCGCGAGGGGAUGCAGCGACUCGUCCUCACGGCAACACAAUCAAACGUGCAGGCCCUAGCUCUGCUCAGUCUGUAUCAGCAUAAUGCCGGCGAACGCAAUACCGCCUGGAUGCUGGUGGGACACGCUGCUCAUAUGGCUGUCGCCCUAGGCAUGCAGCGGGAUGGCGAAAAUGCAAACUUUGACUUUAUCGAGCGCAAUACUCGGCGGAUCAUAUGGUGGACACUGUAUCUCUUUGAGCAGAAUCUGAGCUUUAUACUCGGUCGGCCGAGCGCGACGUCGACUCCGGACGUCAGUGCGAGUUUGCCAGACGAGGCGGUCAAGGAUGGCGCAGAUUCGCCACCGGGCUACUUGGAACAGGCGGUCAAGCUAGGCGACAUUUCGACCAAGAUCAAACGUUUCACGGCCGCCAUUUCUUCCGACUUUGACAAGCCUAACCGGUUGACUGCGACUACCGACAUUGCCAACCAGCUAGACGAACUGCUGCUUCAAUGGGACCGGUCACUCCCGCCACAUCUGAGAUAUACAGCGCAGUUUGCAACGGCAAAACAUCGCCGGACAGUUCGUCUUCUUCACGCGACAUACAAUCACCUGCGGUCUGUGCUAGGCCGACCGUAUUUACUUUGCAAAAUCAAUCAUGAUCUCGAUAAUUCCCAAUCGCCUCUUCACGUUAACUCAUCAUCAGGUCUAGCAAGUGCAAUCACCGCAUUGUCGCAAACGUCCCUGUCCGCCGCAAGAAGCUGCAUGGAGGCUUUACUCUCCUUGGCGAGCGCCGCCUCGCUCGAAGGAGAGGUCUGGUACGACUACUACUACGUCCAUCAUGCUUCUCUCAUCCUGUCCCUGCCCUUUUUAGUCGAUUUCAACGACCAACACGUCGCCUCGGAUCGAGCCAUUAUAUCGGCGACAUUGAACCUUGCUCAAAAGAGCCGCUUGGCCCCCACGUACCGUAUCUUGAUCAACGUGUCGAUCCAAUUUGCCAAGAUUGUUGGUAUAGGACCAGAUGACGACCCAAGCAGACCAGCUUCCCCUCGACUCGGUGCAAGCGCAAUCCGCCCAGAUCUGUCUUCGUCCGGGAAGUCGAUGGUAUUUCCCGAAGGAUUCACCGAUGAGAACAACCAUACCGAUUGGAACCUAGGGCCGAGUUCGGUCACGCCAGAGAACUCUGGUGGCAAUCGCUCGUUCGACUCUCGAGCGAAUUAUCACAUGUCGGGCAUGUCGCACGAGGCCGGUCCUGGUACAGGUUCGUCGACGGUACAGUGGCCGACUCAGCUCCCCCACCACACGAAUCCGACAGCAUCAGACCCGUGGUCACUGCUUCCCAUGCUCAACUCGACUCCUUCCUCUCAGCCGCUCUCGCUCGAACAGCUCUUGGGCAUGCAGCCAUCGACGCUCUUCAACGACAGUGCAACUCAGCAACCUGUCGCCGACCUUGGCUUCUCGGACAUGUACAACUUUGGUUUCGGGCUGCCGGCACAGAAUGAUGGGAUAGGCCCUUACUGGCCAGGUGGCGUGGGUGAAGAGGGUGGAAGCGGAGGCUUGGGUGAUAUGCCUUGGGAUUUCUUUGCCGGGGGAGAUUGGGCCGGGGGUGGACAUGAAACUGGACGAGAAGGGAGAUGAUUGUUGAGGUGAUGUUGAGUGGAGCUGAGCCGAGUCAAGUUUAUUUUGGUUCGCUGGUGCAUGGAAGGAGGAAGAACUGCGAUGACAUCGACAAUGGGCACGAUGCGCUGGUCACAGGAGCAUAAUCACGCAUUCACAUAGGCAUACCUUUGGCACUGGCAUAGACAUAUUAGGGCAGCAGUUUGUAUAACUGAGACAACCAACGCAUUCAUAUACAUUUAUCGCAUUCUGGGCAUUUCAAUGGAUAGAUUUAGUCGUCUGCAGCAUUACUACUGAUGCUCAAAACUCGCAAGUCGUUCUAGAUGUUGUGAAAUACGGGCUUAGAGGGGGAUUUCCAGUUGUGGUUAUGGAUAAGCAGUUUUGGUUUACAGUCAUUCUGGCGGCGUGUUGAGCAAGACCGUUCAUUGCAAAUGCCGAGCACGGAUGCCUGUUGACCCGUGAGACUGCCAGAGUACGACACGGAUGCAUGAGUCCAUGACAAGUAAGAGAAAGAGAGGAGCUUCCCCCCCUGAAUGCUGUAUUGAGCAAAGAUGCUCAUGCCGAUACCAACCCCCCUUUCCCGAUGAUUAUCUCUGAAUCUCUGGACAAUGUAGAGCGAGGUUGAGAGAGUGUAUGUGUGCUAAUAAGUGGAAUGGAAUACUGUCUGCUGCACUUCCCGAUAGAAACAUCGCCGCUUACAGCUGGGCUUUCCUGAAUAAGAGUCAUG